AUGGCCGAUAAGCUACGUACACUCCAGAACCUGGAGGCUUUGCAAGCCCGUUAUGUCGGUACCGGCCAUGCUGAUACUACCAAAUACGAAUGGACAUCCAACAUCGUCCGCGAUAGCUACGCCUCGUACAUUGGACAUCCCCCCUUAUUGGAAUACAUGGCAAUAGGAAUGGGGGAGAACAAGGAGAAGGUUAGAGCUAUGAUGAUAGAAAGGAUGGUUCGUGGGGCAGGAAAUCCUCCAGAGAUCCUUGCAGAUAAUCAUAAUACUAAAACUAGUCAAGAUAAAAUCACGAAAAAAAGAGCAUAUCGAGUCCAAAAUUAA